UUUGAAUUAAAAAAAUAUAAAAGCAGAAUUGCAAAGGGAAGAUAGAUGGACCAUAUUCUAGUCCCUCACCCUCAGGCCUCAGUCAGAAUUGAUCAACGACCACGAGAAAAAGUGAAGUAAAGAUUUGCAGAAUCGAGUAAGCGCAUUAAAUGUUUUUCACUUCCUUCGAGUCUCAAAGAGAAUGCCAUAUCUCCUUACUGUCACACUAGUCACUACUAUACCACUCUUCUCGUGCACUCAACUAAACCCUAAAUACAACAACAAAAGAAGACAAAAAAAACCCAAUUUUUGUUUCUUCUCUAUCCGGAAAAACCAUUAAUCUUUGAAGCUGAUAUCAAAAAAUGGGUUCAAUUUGCAUUUUGAGGUACUAUUUAUUCUUCUGGUUUCUAGUCUUUUUCUUUUUAAUGGCUGGUUUCUUAUUAGCUGAGGCAUCUCCUUCAUUUGGGUUCAAAAAUUUUGACAAAAAUUCCAAGUUUUUGGACUCACAAAUCGCAUUUUAUGGUGAUGCAAUGAUUGAUGGAAAUGGGUCUUUUGUUAAAAUGACUCAAUCUUGGAAUUAUAGUGCUGGGAGAGUGAUGUACAAAAUACCCAUAAAGCAAUUGGAAAGAAAUGGUGGUAGGAAGGCUUCAUUUGGGAGUUAUUUUUCAUUUUCUCUCUCUUCAGAAAAUGGAGAUGGUCUUGUCUUUGUGAUGCUCCCAAAUGGGUUUUCGUCAGGGGGGUAUAAUGGGAAAUUGUUUGGGUUAUCUAAUGAGCUGAUUGAGAAGAAAAACAGGGCUUUUUUUGCUGUUGAAAUUGACACUAAAUUUGAUGCUGAAUUGGGGGAUUUGAACAAUAAUCAUAUUGGAAUAAAUGUGGGUAGUUUGGUAUCAGUUAAAGUGAGCAAUGCUUCAGAUGUGAAAUUAUCAUUGAGUAGUGGGAAGAUACUACAAUGUUGGAUUGAUUAUGAAGCUAGUUCGAAACGAAUCGAAGUUCGAAUAAGUAAAGCCGGAGAAAAGAGACCAGUUUAUCCAUUGUUAUCUUGCCCAAUUGACUUGUCUGGAAUGUUCAAGAAUGAGGAAGUUUUCAUAGGCUUAAGUUCAUCAAAUGCAAACUCCACUCAAAUAUGUAAGCUGUACUCAUGGAGCUUCAAGUUAAGACAAGUGCCUUACUGGAUGCAUUCGCACCCGUUAGAUCCUGAAACGGUUAGUAAAGAUGCUCAGCCGGUGAUGAUUCAACCAAAGCGCGACUGCGCGCUUAAGGUCCUUACAGCUCUCAUUCUUGGCACUGCUUGUGGUGCUUUAGGAGCAUACAUGGUGAUGUUUGUUUGGAGUAUUUUCUUUACUAAAAAACCUGUUGCUCCUGAAGAAUAUAUGGUCAAACCCGUGAUGUAUGACUAUAACAAAGUUAAGGCUCUUGCAGUUGAUAAGUCUGAUGAGGCUUGUAACAAUAAGGCUUAGAUUUAUCCUUUUGUCUUUUUGUUUUUGUUUUUGGGGGGUUAAGGUCGGAUGAUUUGUUAUGUAAAUGUUUCUUCUUCUUCUUAUUUUGGGUGCUAGAUUGCUGUGUCUUUCUUCCUUUGUUUUCUUAUGAUUGUAGGUUUACGUAGAACAAUGCAGUGUCUUGAACUUGGUAGUUAAUUUGUUAGUGACGAUGUUUAGGCGUAAGCCAUCUUGUAUGUCUGUAUCAUUAAUUUUCAUUGCUGAUUUCCUUCACAA